AUGUUAUCGGAGCGGUUGCAAACUGUUAAAAUUGCCACCAAGAAUAUUUUCCAGACAUCCCUGACCACAUCGGAAAUUAAUGAUGAUUCAAAAGGAUCAAUUUCGUUAUGCGAAUCCAUCUACAAGUUACUCUCGGAUGGUCUAUUUCUGAGUUAUAACUUGCAAGACAUCUUCCGAUAUAUUUACACGAAUUUUGCAAUGUUGGCUGCGAACAAAAGUUUCACAAUUGAUACAAUAGAUUUGAAACAAAAAAUCAAACAAUUACAAAAUAUACCGAAUCGAGAUGAGUCCUCUGUAAAAUUUAUUCUCAAUGAGAAAUUAAUUGUGGAUUUGAUUGAGUUAAUGUCUGCCAUUCCAAAAGAAAAGUUUUAUAAUGAAAAGGUGAACGAUUUAUUGUUUAAGGAUGAAGAAAUGGUAUUUCUCAAAAGUUUAGUGACACCAUUGUUAACCAUUAAUUUUCGAUUCCAAAUGCCAAAUCUCGAAGAAGAUGAUAUUGUUGUGACAUCGACAAGAAAAAAGAAGAAGAAAAAGAAGGACAAGAAAAUCAUUUCAACAAAAAACUUAGAAAAAUCAAAUACGACAACAGAGACAGAGACCAGCACUCCAACAAGUGAUAUGGAUAAAAGUUUUUCAGGCUCACCUGCCACUCCAUCUGUAUCUCAAAUCGAGAAACGUUCAAACAAUCAGAACGAGACUAUGAAUUCAACUUCUUCAAAACAAAAUGUGACAAGGCAAGGAGAUCUUACACCUCUUUCUACACAAUCAUCGUUGACAUCAAUAACCGUUGCUGAAGAGCCUGAGGACUUACUUGAAGAUUUCAACCCUUAUGAAGGGAUGACGAAACAACAAGCGCUUGACAAUAUGCCAGAACAUUUGAGAAGAGAAGAAAGAGAAGUGAAACCGUCUCUCUCGAUAUUGAAGAAUACAGAGAAAGAAAAUACGAAUGAACUUGAAGAGAAACAAUCAAGUUCUAGCUCAUUCAAGGUAGAAACAGAAAAAUAUGUCACCUCAUUGUCACAAAACACUUCGACAACAGAAAUUACUGAAACCACACAAGUGGAUUCAUCGAUCGAGCCAGAAAAAGUACAAGUUUUAACACCUCAGAUAGAAAAUAAUACAAUGAAUGAAAAAGAACCUUUAGAAAUAACACAAGCUCUCUCUGGGAAUGAUGCAAAAGAGGAAUCGAAUGUGAAAACUAAUGAUCAAAAUUAUUCUAGCGAAGAAAAAGAGGAAACUACUCCUUCUUCACCUAUUAAGAAUCCAGAAGAUCUUUCACAAAAGCAAAUUGAGAACUCAAAAGAUAUUCAAACAAUUAUUACUUCUCCACCACAAGAAGAAGAACAACAUCAAUCAAAUGGCCACUCAACUCCACAUCAACUUUCAUUUAUUUCAUCUGAAAUUUUAGAACAAUUGAAACGCAUUCUCUCCUUAUUAAUGAAUCACAAAUAUUCGCCUCAUUUUAACACACCGGUGGAUGACAAAGUGGCAGAAUUUUCAGAUUAUUACAAAUUUACCAAAAAACCAAUGGAUUUCGACACAAUCAAAACCAAGUUAGAAUCAAACAAAUUUAACACAGUAGACGAAUUUAUUAGAGAUGUUCAACUCGUAUUCAACAAUACUUUUAUGUAUCAUUUAGAGUCUGCUCCACAAGUGAAAAUGGCUCACGUACUUCAAGAUAUUUUUGAAAGAGAGCUUGACCUUGCCAUACCGUCGUGGAGAAGUCUUGACCUUUCACCACAAGUAGAAGCUCAUAGUGAUGGAUUUUCAGAUCGUUGUGACUCUGAAAAUUCUAAUGAGGCAGCUUUGGAAGCGUAUUUCACACCAAAAUCUGCGAACAAGGAGGGAAAUGAUUUUCCCCCCACUCCUCCAACAUACCGUCUUGAACAAACAGAAAUACCACAACAAGCUUUCCCUAAUAUUUCUAUGCAUUCAUUAUCAAUGAAAACAGCAACUCAAGAAAAUACUCUUUCUUUGAAUAGAGUUGAUUUUGAAGUCGAUUCUCUUCUCAAAGAUACGGUUACCAAUGAUUCAGAGGAUGACUCUGACAGUUUGAGUGAAUUUGAAGAAGAUGCUAAAGAAAUUGAAGAAGAUCACGAUGGGGAACCUAUUGCCAUCACGUCGAUAAAACAAGAGACCACUCUUGUUGAUGCAAUAAGGCCAAUGUUUCAAUCGUCGGAUUCUGUGUGUAAAAUGUUAACAGCAUCGGAAAUGUAUUCCUUCUUCUCGAGUUAUUUGGACAAUGUGUUGAAAACUAAUGAAUUGAAAAUAGCUCUCAAGGUCAAGAAGGAUCGCUAUGAGAAUAUACUUGAAAGAAUUCCCUUUGUAAAGAAUCGAGAUUUUGUUCUUGAAGAUUCACUUCCACAAACCACAGUCUUAAUGAAUCUUUCCAUUUUAGGAGAAAAAUUAAGAUACAGUGAAGAUCGUCUCAAAUUGAAGGAAGUUCAACUCAUGAAGGAAUAUGAAAGACAAUUACAAUCAAUGAAAAAGAAAGAAUUAGAAUUUGAGGAAUUACGAAAAGAAUUUGAAGAAAAAGAAAAAGCAUGGCUGAAAGAAAAAUUCGAACUUGAAUCUCAUUUAACACAGGCCAAACAAACCAUUUUAGAGAAGGAAAAAGAAAUUGAAGAAUUGAAGAAUGUGCCAUUACUUUUGAAUCAAUCAUUGCCACCACAAUCGUCACAAACAUCUCAGGAAGAAAAAAUCGACCGUCAAAUUGACACGGAUGAAUUUAUUUUAAUUGAAAAAGUGGUUGUGGUGCCGUCAAGUUCAUCCGAUUCUUCUUCGAGAGGUCAAAAAUCCAUAACAACACCCGUGAAUCCUCAAGAAAAUGAUUUUCACAUGAUUGGAGGAAACAAUGAAGAUGAUGAACCUCUCACUGAAGACGAAACAAGUGAGAUUUGCUCGGUUGUGACGGAACAACAACUCAUUCUCGAAGAGGAAGAUAGCAUUCGAUUAUCACCCUAUCAAAAACAAGAUCAAACCAAACAAAUUCAACUUCAAGAUGGAAAAUGUCCAUGUGGAAGAGAAUUAGCAAAGGAUUAUGGAUUUCUUAGAAAACCAAGAUAUUGUCAUUAUAACAACAAAUAUUAUUGCAUGAAAUGUCACUCGAAUUCAUUCAAUGAGAUUAUCCCUGCCAAGAUAUUAUUCAACUGGGACUUUAAGCUCUAUCGAGUUUGUGAUGAAGCUUCCAAAUAUCUUAAAAGUGUUUACAAUCAACCAAUUAUUUGUGUGAGCGCUGUGAAACCAACACUUUUUGAUGAAAUUGAAAAUUUAGGAAUGGCUAGAAUGAUCAGAAAAAGACUCAUCAUUCAAUGGGAAUAUAUUUCAAGAUGUCCAUUGAAAGAUAAUCUCAUUACACAACACAAACUGAAGCACAAGUUGCAUUAUGUGACAGAUACUGAAAUGUAUAGCAUCAAAAAUCUUUAUGAGCUCAAUGGAAAGCAGAGCGAAUCACCAUUUUUGAAAAAGCUCUCUCGUUUGUUUCAUGUGUUUAGUGAUCAUAUUGUGAAUCAGUGUGGUUUUUGUAAAACAAAAGCGAAGAGUUUCUGUCCAAAUUGUAAGAAUGACACUCCAAUUUACGAGUUCAAUAUCAGUCAAGUGAUCAAAUGUCCUGGCUGCAAGCUUGUCUUUCACAAAUCAUGCUUUGUGAACAAGAAAGGUGUUGUGGCUUGUCCAGUGUGCAACGAUGAUGAGUAA